GAUUACAGGCAUGCGCCACUGGCUAAAACUGCCUGAUUUUUUGACCCACUUCAUGUCCCAAGGCUUCGUGGGCUCUGCGGGAUCUUUUCAGGAUACCGGUGCAAGCCCUGUCCCCUGUCCCGCGCCUUCCUUAUCCCAGGGUAGUUGAAGAUGCUGUUGAGAAUGACUGUGGCUGGCCCUGCAGCCUGUUGCACCCAUGGGUAAAAUCCACUGACGCCGAUUUCAUCAGCCCCUGUGAUGUAACGUGCAGUGAAACAGCUGAGCGUGAGGCUGGGCCUGGGGGUGGGGGGUGGUCUGAAGCGGGGCUGCCCCAACCCCAGCGGAGGGGCCCCAGGCGAUGUGGACGUCAGAAUGAGCCACGGGUGACCACGCAGCCGGCUCGCAAAGCCUCCCCAAGAAGUGGACUGCUUUCUUAGAAACUUGCCCUUCGUGGAGGCCUCCCUUCCCUUAGAGUUAUUGCCCAAUAAAAUUUCUGGCUUGAAUAUUUGAGUGCGUGGUAAAUCCGCCCUUGAGGUGAAACACUGCCACCAUCAGAGCAUAUCUCUUGGCAGGGGGAAAUGGUUUGCUUUUCCCUACAGAGCGGAGACAGCCAAGGAUUAAGGAAGUUAGAGGAUACAGGCCAGGAUGUCCUUUCUAAGCCCACUGGUGCUGUUCUGCCGAAGGCUGGGGCAGACCCUGUCCUGGAUGCCCACCUGAACCCAAGUCUGCUGCAGAAUGUGGAGCUGGACCCGGAGGGAGUGGCCUUGGAGGCUCUUCCUGUCCAGGAAUCGGUGCACAUAAUGGAAGGUGUCUACUCUGAAUUGCACAGCGUGGUGGCCGAAGUGGGUGUGCCUGUGACCGUUUCCCACUUUGACUUGCACGAGGAGAUGCUGUGGGUGGGGAGCCAUGGGGGCCACGCCACUUCGUUCUUCGGCCCAGCCUUGGAGCGCUACUCAUCCUUCCAGGUCAAUGGCAGCGAUGACAUUCGCCAGAUCCAGAGCCUGGAGAGUGGUGUCCUUUUUCUCACAAAGAACAACCUCAAGUAUAUGGCUCGCGGGGGACUCAUUAUAUUUGAUUACUUGCUGGAUGAGAGCGAGGACAUGCACAGCCUCCUGCUGACGGACAGCAGCACGCUGCUCGUGGGCGGCCUGCAGAACCACAUCCUGGAGAUCGACCUGACCACCGUCCAGGAGACGCAGAAGUAUGCAGUCGAGAUACCCGGAGUCACCAUCAUGAGACAGACAAACCGCUUCUUCUUCUGCGGCCACACGUCCGGCAAGGUUUCCCUGCGAGACCUCCGUAGUUUCAAGGUGGAGCAUGAGUUCGAUGCCUUCUCAGGGAGUCUGUCGGAUUUUGACGUGCACGGCAACCUGCUGGCUGCCUGCGGCUUCUCCAGCCGCCUCACUGGGCUGGCCUGCGACCGGUUCCUCAAGGUGUACGACCUGCGGAUGAUGCGAGCCAUCACGCCGCUUCAGGUGCACGUGGACCCUGCCUUCCUGCGCUUCAUCCCCACCUACACGUCCCGCCUGGCUAUCAUCUCGCAGUCAGGGCAGUGCCAGUUUUGUGAGCCCACAGGCCUGGCCAACCCAGCAGAUAUCUUUCAUGUGAAUCCUGUGGGACCUCUGCUGAUGACAUUUGACGUGUCCGCCAGCAAGCAGGCCCUGGCCUUUGGGGAUUCUGAGGGCUGUGUGCACCUCUGGACUGAUUCCCCCGAGCCCUCCUUCAACCCCUACUCCCGGGAGACCGAAUUUGCUCUGCCCUGUCUGGUGGACUCACUGCCUCCUUUGGACUGGAGCCAAGACCUGCUGCCUCUUUCCCUCAUCCCCGUUCCACUCACCACGGACGCGCUCCUCUCCGAUUGGCCUGCCGCCAACUCCGCCCCGGCGCCCAGGCGAGCGCCGCCUGUGGAUGCGGAGAUACUGCGCACCAUGAAGACAGUGGGCUUCAUUGGCUAUGCUCCCAACCCCCGCACCAGGCUGCGCAAUCAGAUUCCUUACCGACUAAAGGAGUUGGACAAUGAAUUUGACAGCUUCAGCCAGGUCACCGAGUCACCGAUAGGACGGGAAGAGGAGCCACAUCUCCACAUGGUCUCUAAGAAAUACCGAAAGGUAACCAUCAAGUAUUCCAAGCUCGGGCUGGAAGACUUUGACUUCAAGCACUAUAAUAAGACGCUGUUUGCUGGCUUGGAGCCCCACAUCCCCAAUGCCUACUGUAACUGCAUGAUCCAGGUGCUGUAUUUCCUGGAGCCUGUUCGCUGUCUAAUCCAGAACCACCUUUGCCAAAAAGAGUUCUGCCUGGCAUGUGAGCUGGGCUUCCUCUUCCAUAUGUUGGAUCUCUCUCGUGGUGACCCUUGCCAGGGCAGUAAUUUUCUCCGGGCCUUCCGUACCAUUCCCGAGGCCUCAGCCCUCGGCCUGAUCCUGGCUGACUCAGACGAGGCUUCGGGCAAGGGCAAUCUGGCCAGGCUCAUUCAGAGGUGGAACCGCUUCAUUCUCACGCAGCUGCAUCAGGACAUGCAGGAGCUGGAAGUACCGCAGGCCUACCGAGGUGCUGGAGGCAGCAGCUUUUGUUCGUCGGGGGACUCUGUCAUCGGGCAGCUGUUCAGCUGUGAGAUGGAGAACUGCAGCCUCUGCCGCUGUGGCAGCGAGACCGUGCGCACCUCAUCCACCCUGCUCUUCACGCUCUCCUACCCUGAGGAUAAGACCGGGAAGAACUAUGACUUUGCUCAGGUGCUGAAGCGAAGCAUCUGCCUGGAGCAGAACACCCAGGCCUGGUGCGACACCUGUGAGAAGUACCAGCCCACGAUUCAGACCCGAAAUAUCCGCCAUCUCCCAGAUAUUCUUGUCAUUAAUUGUGAGGUGAACAGUUCCAAAGAGGCAGAUUUCUGGAGAUUUCAGGCUGAGGCUGCCUUCAAGAUGGCAGUAAAGAAAUAUGGCGGAGACAUCUCCAAGAAUAAGGAGUUCGCGCUGGCUGACCGGAAGGAACUAAGGAGUCCGGAAGGCUUGCUGUUGUGUCCCUCCAUUGAGGAGCUGAAAAACGUCUGGCUUCCUUUCUCUAUUCGGAUGAAGAUGACCAAGAACAAAGGGCUGGAUGUUUGCAACUGGACUCAUGGGGAUGAGGUGCAGUGGGGCCCGGCCAGGGCGGACGAGGAGCGUGGCGUCUGUGUGUACGACCUGAUGGCGACCGUGGUGCACAUCCUGGACUCGCGCACGGGGGGCAGCCUGGUGGCUCACAUCAAGGUCGGGGAGACCUACCACCAGCGCAAGGAGGGCGUCACUCACCAGCAGUGGUAUCUCUUCAAUGACUUCCUUAUUGAGCCCAUUGAUAAACAUGAGGCAGUGCAGUUUGACAUGAAUUGGAAAGUACCUGCUAUCCUUUAUUAUGUGAAGAGGAAUCUCAAUUCCAGAUACAACCUGAAUAUCAAGAACCCUAUCGAGGCUAGCGUGUUGCUCGCUGAAGCCUCGCUGGCACGGAAGCAGCGCAAAACACAUACGACCUUUAUUCCACUGAUGCUGAGGGAGAUGCCGCAGGUCGGGGACCUGGUGGGCCUGGACGCCGAGUUUGUUACACUUAACGAGGAAGAAGCAGAGUUACGCAGCGAUGGUACCAAGUCCACCAUUAAACCAAGCCAGAUGUCGGUAGCAAGGAUCACCUGUGUUCGGGGCCAGGGGCCCAAUGAGGGUGUCCCGUUCAUUGAUGACUACAUCUCUACCCAGGAGCAGGUGGUAGAUUACUUGACCCAAUACUCGGGGAUAAAGCCGGGAGACCUCGAUGCCAAAAUUUCCUCCAAGCACCUCACAACCCUUAAGUCUACCUACUUAAAGCUUCGUUUUCUCAUUGACAUUGGAGUCAAGUUUGUGGGUCAUGGCCUGCAGAAGGACUUCCGGGUCAUCAACCUCAUGGUGCCCAAGGACCAAGUCCUUGACACUGUCUACCUGUUUCACAUGCCCCGAAAACGAAUGAUUUCCUUGCGAUUCCUUGCUUGGUAUUUUCUGGACCUGAAAAUUCAAGGAGAGACCCAUGACAGUAUUGAGGAUGCCCGCACCGCCCUUCAACUCUACCGAAAGUAUCUGGAGUUAAGCAAGAAUGGUACCGAGCCUGAGUCCUUCCACAAAGUGCUCAAAGCUCUUUAUGAGAAGGGGCGGAAGAUGGACUGGAAGGUGCCUGAGCCUGAAAGCCAGACAAGUCCAAAGAAUGCAGCUGUCUUCUCCUCCGUGCUGGCGCUCUGACCUGCCCUCUCCUGCCAGUGUUCUGUGGUCCCGGAACUGGGAGAGAGCUUCCCAAGUUGGCUUUACCCCGUCCACUUCCAGAAUUGGACCUGCUCAGGGUCUACAGAUGGUGCUAUUCAUAGAACUGGAAUGCAGCUAAAUUUUGCAAAGGUUCUAGGAGCCAGAUUCCUUCUUUUUCCUUUGCAAAACCAGUGGGCCAGAAAGAAUCUAGAAUUGACCCAGAUGGAAAGUAAUUAGUGUUCUUAAUAAAUAUGCUAGGUAAUUAAUACCCAAGCAAAGAUCCUCCUAGAAUUAAAACUCUCAUUCCUAGCUGGCAAGGGACUAAAGUCCUGGCCAGUGACAGGAAACAACAUGAGAUCCACACUUAGGGGCCAGCAUGUAGUUUAAGUGGGCCAAGCAAACCAGGGUUCCUACACUAUUGCCAAAAGGGACUUUGGUAAUCCCAGCACUCGAGAGGCUGAGGCAGAAAGAUCAAGACUGUAGCAAGUUCCAAGUUAGCUUGGGCUGCAUAGUGAGUUCAAGGCCAGCCUGAACUACAUGGCGGAGACCCUGCCUCAAACAAAAUAACUGUGGGUCUUGGAGGAAGUUUAACUGCUGGCUUCACUCCUUUGGCAGCUGAAAAGCAUCUGUCUUCCAUUCAUUCUGUCUCAAGUUUUAUUUUUUUAACUUUUGUUUAAACCGCAUGUUUUAUAAAAUAAAAGGAAUAUUACUGUA